UAUGUUUGACCAGUUUGCUAAGGUCAGGCCUUCCGAUUGGCCAUCGAGACGACCCAAUGCGUAAACCAUAAAACUUGUACAAAAGUACCCGCCAAUCCAUCUAUAAUCAAAUCCGACAGUUAUGGAGGGAGGCAAAAAUCCAACCCAAAUACGACAUCGUUUCACAAAUUAAACAACCCUACCCAUCCCAAAAUUAACCAUGCCUGCCAAUAAUCUUAACAAAAAAUUCAAACAAAAAUGGUGCACACAGCUUACGAUUCAAUCCAAAUCCUCAACGACUGCCCUAAAAAGAUCAACGCCGUCGAAUUCCACGGCUCUAAUCUUCUCAUCGCGUGUUCCGACGGAUCGUUACGAAUCUACGGCUCAGAAUCCCUCUCCCGAUCGCAAUCAUCAUCAUCAUCAUCAUCACCUGAUCACAUAUCUCAGAGUCUAGACCUUAAAAAAGGACUAUAUGUUCUCGAAAGAACGGUUAAUGGAUUCUCAAAGAAACAGGUUUUGGCUAUCAAAGUAUUGGAUUCGGUAGGGCUGUUGCUUUCGUUAUCCGAAUCUAUUGUGUUUCAUCGGUUUCCUAAUUUGGAAACUGUCGCGGUUAUUUCAAAAGCUAAAGGAGCGAAUUUGUACGCGUGGGAUGGCAACAGAGGCUUUUUGUGUUUUGCUAGGCAAAAGAGAGUUUGUAUUUACAGACAUAAUGGAGGACGGGGAUUCGUGGAGGUGAAAGACUUUGGUGUUCCGGAUGUUGUUAAGUCAAUGUGUUGGAGUGGGGAAAAUAUAUGUAUGGGAAUUAGAAGAGGAUACAUGAUAUUGAAUGCCACAAAUGGUGCACUGGCAGAGCUGUUUCCAUCGGGGAGGAUUGCUCCACCUUUAGUGGCGUCUCUUCCCACCGGAGAACUGCUACUAGGGAAGGAUAAUAUUGGAGUGCUUGUGGACCAAAAUGGCAAACUCAUUCCAGAAGGUAGAAUAUGUUGGUCCGAGGCUCCUUCAGCAGUCGUCAUUCAGAAACCAUAUGCUAUCGCCCUUUUACCAAGACACAUUGAGGUGCGGUCUCUGCGUGUCCCGUACCCACUAAUACAAACUAUAGGUGUACGCAAUGUACGCAGUAUUCAAGAAGGAAGUAAUUCCAUACUUGUUUCCUUAGACCAAUCUAUCUAUGGAUUGUUUCCCGUUCCUCUCGGUGCACAGAUUGUACAACUGACAGCAUCUGGAAAUUUUGAAGAAGCCUUGGUAUUAUGUAAGUUGCUUCCACCAGAAGAUGCAAGUCUACGAGCUUCAAAGGAGCAGUCAAUUCAUCUUAGAUAUGCACACCAUCUCUUCUUAAAUGGAAGUUAUGAGGAGGCCGUGGAACACUUUGUGGCAUCUCAAGUAGAAAUAACCCAUGUGCUCUCAUUAUAUCCAUCCAUUGUUCUUCCCAAGUCACUUGCGUCAGCUGAACCAGAAAAAGAUAUUGAUCUAAUUGGGGACUCGAAUUUAUCAAGAGGCUCAUCUGUUACAUCAGAUGACAUGGACUCUUCUCCAACUUGUCUACUGGAGUCUGAUGAAAGUUGUGCUCUUGAAUCCAAAAAAAUAAGCCACAAUACCAUAAUGGGUCUGAUCAAGUUCUUGCUGAGAAAACGGCCCAACAUAGUUGGAAAGGCAGCUGCCGAGACAACAGAGGAGGUUGUUUCAGAUGCUGUUGGACAUACCUUUGAUCCUUAUGAAGGCAUUCGAUCCAAGAAAUUAGCCAAGGGGCGAGUUAACACUACGAACUCGGGUGCAAGAGAGAUGGCAGCAAUAUUGGACACUGCACUUCUGCAGGCUUUACUUCUGACUGGCCAGUCUGCUGCUGCUUUAGAUUUACUGAAAGGUUUUAAUUAUUGUGAUGUGAAUAUGUGUGAGGAGAUCUUGCAGAAUGGAAAUCACCAUGCUUGUUUGGUAGAACUUUACAAAUACAACUCAAUGCAUCGUGAAGCUCUUAAACUUCUUCAUGAAUUGGUGGAGCAUCCCAAAUCAGAUGAACCUAUAAGCGUGCAGGCCAAAAAGUUUAAACCUGAGACGAUGAUUGAAUACCUUGAACCCCUGUGCAGGAUUGACCCAAUGCUUGUCCUGGAAUUCUCAAUGCUUGUUCUUAGAAGUUGUCCAACACAAACCAUUGACCUCUUUUUAUCAGGAAAUAUUCCUGCAGAUAUGGUUAAUUCUUAUCUAAAAGAGCAUGCCCCAAGCUUGCAAGCCACCUAUUUGGAACACAUGCUCUCAAUGAAUGAAAAUGAGAUCUCCCCAACUCUUCAGAACGAAAUGGUGCAAAUUUAUCUUUCGGAAGUUCUUGAUUGGUAUGCUGAUCUCACUGCUCGGAAGAAGUGGGAUGAAAAAGCUUUUACCCCUACUAGGAAAAAACUCAUUUCUGCAUUGCAGAGUAUUUCAGAAUAUAAUCUUGAGGUUUUGUUGAAGCGAAUCCCGGCAGAUGCUAUGUAUGAAGAACGAGCGAUCUUGUUUGGGAAAAUGAACCAACACGAACUUGCAUUGUCUAUUUACGUGCAUAAGCUUCAUCUUCCUGCACGGGCACUGUCUUAUUGUGAUCGGGUGUAUGAAACGGGACUUAACCAACAACAGGGAAAAGCUCGAGGAAAUAUAUAUCUAACUUUACUGCAGACAUAUUUGAAACCUCCGAAAACAACCAAAAGUAGUGAAAAAAGAAUCAAAAAGUUAGUAUCUUCACCGAGUAGUGGGAAUUUGAGGGGUGGAUGGUCUUCGGUUAAAGCUAAAGGGAGAGGGUUAGGCAAGAAAAUUGCAGAGAUUGAGGGUGCAGAAGAUACUAGGAUCAAGGCAAGUAGCAGUGACGGUGCGAGAAGUGAUUUUGAUAUUGAUUCAGAUGAUCUUAAGGAGGAAGGCGGGUCAACCAUCAUGGUUGAUGAGGUCCUUGAUGUACUGAGCCAGAGGUGGGACCGUGUUCCCGGAGCAAAGGCUUUGAGACUCUUGCCUAAAGAGGCUAAGCUACAGAAGUUGUAUCCGUUUCUUGGACCUCUCAUGAGAAGAAGUAGUGAGUCAUAUCGGAACUUUUCAGUGAUUAAGAAACUGAGAGAGUGCGAGAGCCUACAGGUCAAGGAUGAACUGUAUAUCCAGAGAAAAGCAGAACUGAAGAUCACAGCCGAGAGUGUCUGUUCGCUUUGCCAGAAAAGAAUUGGAACCAGUGUUUUUGCAGUGUAUCCCAAGAGUAACACGACAGUACACUUUGUUUGCUUCAGAGACUCCCAGAGUAGGAAAAUCACCAGAAAAGGAUCGUCAAGGAGACUAUAAAAUUUGAGAGUUAUAGUUUUUAUAUUUUGAAAAACUUCAAUUCAAACUCGAUUUGAACUCAGAUAAAGCUUAAACAUUAUGGUAUGUAUGUUCUUUUCAAGGUUAAUGAAUGUAAAUCAAUUAAUGUGGUUGAAUCAAAA